AAAAAACGAGACGGCUCGUCUAAUUUCACCACUCGCAGCUGUCUAUUUGCAGUCGCUGCCUUAUCCCUUUUCUCCUUCCGCUCCCUCUUCAAUCCUCAUCCCUCUCCCGAUCGCCAGAGGAGCAAAGAUGGCGGCCACGCUCACCUCCGCUCUCUCCCUCGUUGCCUACUACUCCGCCCCUUCCACCGCCUCCUCCUCGCCCGAAUCCCCUUCCAAGGCCCUAAAGUUCGCUGCCCAGUCAUUCCCCCGUCGCGGCUGCCGCCGCGCCACCUUCGUCCGCUCGCCUGCUGCGGUCUCUCCAAAGAUCGAAGAGAUCGGCACCAUCAUCUCCAACCUCACACUGGAGGAAGCCCGCAGCCUCGUCGACCACCUCCAGGACCGUCUCGGCGUCUCUGCCGCCGCCUUCGCGCCCGCCGCUGUUGCCGUUGCUCCCGGAGCCGCCACUGACGCGGCCGCCGGAGGAGAGGCGGCGGUAGAGGAAAAGACCGAGUUCGACGUGGUCAUCGAGGAGGUCCCAAGCAACGCCAGGAUCGCCACCAUCAAGGUGGUCCGGGCGCUGACGAACCUUCCCCUCAAGGAGGCCAAGGACUUGAUCGAGGGGCUUCCGAAGAAGUUCAAGGAGGGCGCAUCAAAGGAGGAGGCGGAAGAGGCCAAGAAGCAGCUCGAGGAGGUUGGGGCAAAGGUCUCGAUCGUAUGAGUUCGGAGGAAUCAAAGCGAAAGAAGUUUCAUGGUUAGAUUUUCAAAUUUACGCUUUUCCGAUCCUCCUUUUUCCUUGUUCAAAUUUUUAUUUAAAUUAGCUUCGGCUAUCGAUCCGUGAACUCUGUCUCAGUGAAUUAUUGGCCACAAAUUCUUAUGUUUAUCCCUUCGGAAUUCGUGUGUUAAAAUGGAUUCCUCGGGCUACAAUUUCCAGAGCUAAAAAGAUGGUCAAACCUGGUGUAUCAACCUAGUUGCUCAAUUUUCCAAUUACUUUGAUGAUCA